GCGGGCAGCCCUCGGCCGGCGGCCAUGGCGGCGGCGCGGGGGACGUCGCGGCUCGUGGUGGCGACUCUGCGGGGCCGGGGCGCGAGCUUGUCGGCCGGGGCAGCAGAUGCUCGUGGUUUGACAACAGAAGAGAGGAACCAAGUUAUCCGUGACCUGAAAGCAGCAGGAUGGUCAGAAUUAAAUGAGAGAGAUGCCAUCUACAAAGAGUUUUCCUUUAAAAAUUUUAAUCAGGCAUUUGGCUUUAUGUCCCGAGUCGCCUUGCAAGCAGAGAAGAUGAAUCAUCACCCGGAAUGGUUCAAUGUGUACAACAAGGUGCAGAUAACCCUAACCUCGCAUGACUGUGGCGGACUGACCAAGAGAGAUGUGAAACUGGCCACGUUUAUUGACAAAGCAGCUGCUUCUGUGUGAUUUCUUGGAAAAUGCAAACCCUGUGUGCCUCUUAGCCAUCAUGUAUGUGAAAGGCAGUUGACAUAAACGAACUCAGUUGUCAAUUUAAGUUCACCUUUUGAAUAGUCUUUUGUACAAUCAGUGCUUAAUUACAACAUGAUUAAACUUGG